UCUGGGCGUGUGUCUUUGUGUGGAGGGAGGGGAUGAGCUCUGGGGAUCUGGAGAGGGCUUUGGAAAGGAUCCCCGUGGCAUGUCCUUACUUGUCAUUCUGUAGCCAAACCCCAGCAGUUAAAUCGCCUUCCCUUUCUUUCCAGCCGCUCGCCGUCCACAAUGGCCGAGGUGACCACGCUCCCCGCUGAGACGCCGGAUCCCUUUAACGAGUUCGGGGACUACCACAACUGGACCCAGCUGCUCCAAUACCUGAACUACACCUUCACCUUCUGCGACACCCAUCUGGACGAGAACAUCAAGAGGGUGAUGCUCUUCAUCCUCUACUUGGUCAUCUUCGUGGUGGGGCUGGUGGAAAACAUCCUCGUCAUCUGGGUCAACUGGCACACCUGGGGCAACAAAAACCUGGUCAAUCUCUAUAUCCUUAACAUGGCUAUCGCCGACUUAGGGGUGCUGUUAUCCCUGCCCAUCUGGAUGUUAGAGGCCAUGCUCGACUACACCUGGCUCUGGGGCGGCUUCCUGUGCCGCUUCAUCCACUACUUCUACUUCGCCAACAUGUACAGCAGCAUCUUCUUCCUCAGCAGCCUCAGCGUGGACCGCUACGUCUCCUUGACGACUUCAUCCCGCUUCUGGCAGCAGCAUCAGCACCGGGCACGCCGCCUCCUCUGCUUCGGCAUCUGGCUCUUCGCCGCCCUCCUCCCCAUCCUGGAGGUGGCCCACACACAGCUGGUGAACUCGAUUGAGCCCAUGUGCAUCUUCCUGGCCCCCUUCGAGACCUAUGAUGAGUGGGCCCUGGGCAUCAGCUUAGCCACCACCAUCAUUGGGUUCCUCAUCCCGUUCUCCAUCAUCGCUGUCUUUAACAUACUGACGGCCAGGUACAUCAAGCACUCCAAGCCAGAAAGCAGGAAGCACUGCCUCCUGAUCUACGCCUACAUCGUCGUGUUCCUAGUAUGCUGGCUGCCCUACCACGUCACAUUGACCCUCCUGACCCUCGACGGCAGCCACUUCAUUUACAGCUGCAACGUUGCCAACUUCCUCUACUUCUUCUAUGACAUCAUCGACUGUUUCAGCAUGUUCCAUUGCGUGGCCAACCCCAUCCUCUACAACUUCCUGAGCAAGAACUUCCUCAGCAAACUCAUCUCGGCUGUGGUGAAGUACAUCCCCAAAGACCAGAUCAACCAGAAAGGCGGGGACCAUUCCUCUUCCAGCACCCAGCACUCUAUAGUCAUUACCAAAGACAACAUCCCACCUAAUUAAACAUCCACCAGGCUCUCCACGCAUUGCUGGCAGCUGGUCCCAGGGGUGGCUGGCUUCCUAAAUCAGACCCCCAAAAGAUUUCUUCCCCUGGCAAUAAAGCAAGACACUUUGCUUUCCAAUGGCAUUUUCUUCUUGCCAUCCACGGCUCUGAAAGCUUGGAGGGACGGUAGAAAUGAGAUGCUGUGGGGAGUGGCAGAUAUUUUGCCUCUGACGUGCUGCUGUAUCAAAUCUAUUUAGCUAAAGAAACAGAGAGGAAGAGAUGUCCUG